AUGUUGUAUCCCGAUGAGGGGAGUGUUCCAAGUACACCUCGGAAAGCCAUUCCCGAUACGUUUGCAUCUCCGCAACUGAAAUCACCUGCAAAAAGAGGACUAAUUGGUAUCAGUCCCCUCAGAAGAACGUUACUGCCGACAAAGACUCCCAAUGGCCGAGCCGGGUCGUUAUCACCAGCACGACGGAGUUUGGCUGAUCAAUCUGCUCAGAAGAAAGCGGUUCUUUCCGGCUCAUUCUACGACAGAUUGAAGGCUGCACUGAAUGAGAACGAAGACUAUUUGGAUCGGCAGGUAAAAGAACAGGAAAUGAAAUUUGCUGAUAUUGUUGCUGGUAGAAAUAGGGGAAGUGGUACGUGGCCCGAAGUGAACUAUGAGGAGGAUGUGUCUUUGGAUACGCCUAGGACUCGGAGACGAAGACGGAAAGUUGUUGUAGAACGUACUCAAUUGAGUUCCAGCGAAGAUGAUGUAGGAGGCGAUGCUUUUGAGGAUAGUGACGAUGAGUAUAUGCCCAAGAGGGCACGGAAACAGGGCAAUAAGGUUAUGAAUAAUGAUGAAGAUGAAGAUGAUUUUGAGGAGGACGACUUGGAAGUAGAAGAUGACGAUAACAAUUUAGUUGACGAAGUCUCUUCAUUAAAAGAAGAGAUUCUACAUAAGAAGCGUGGAAGAAAACCAAAGAAGAAGGCAGUUACCGAAAUUGGGUCUCCAUUCCGUAGUAAGGGCGGACCUCAAGAUGAUUCACCUAAGAAAAUGGGUCGCCCUCCCAAAUCUGAAAUUAUUGCCCUGAAGAUUGAAAGUAUAUUCUAUGACCCCAAGACACAACGACCCAGCAACACUAUUCAUUCAGUUGAUAUCAAUUCUCUUCUUGGUAGUCUUUACGAGACAGGAAUCCCAACUAUCAGUGGUAUCAAACGAGACGUAAGCGAUGAGUUUGACACUCGACAGAAAAGCUUUGUGCCUAUGCCUUUACCAAAAGUGGAUUCAGAGGGCAAUAUCAUAGAUCAAGAGUACCUUGAUAAGUAUUUCUCCAAUAGACCAGUGAAUUCUCAACUGGCAGAGAAGAUAGGUGAUGAAAAGGCCUUUUAUAUGGAUGGCUCCGAGGGGUACUUUGAACAACACAGUAUCAGAGUCCGGCCCAGUUCCAAUUCAAUAUCUCAGCUUGCUCCAGACAUUGAUUACGAUGAGUUUUCUGCAUUAGUGGCGGAGAGUAAUAAGAUAGCAAAGAACGAGAAGCUAGCACUUGGGUUUGCUAGGAAAUCUUUAUACAACCAAUGGUGUUUUGAGUUAGAACAAGGGUUCAAUAUCAAUUUUUAUGGGGUGGGAUCGAAAAUGAACACCAUUAUGGAUUUUGUUACUGGCCAUCUUUUAGAUAAGGUUGAACAGAUUUAUGAUGGUUCAGAAGCUCCAAGAGUUCUUGUGGUGAACGGAUUUAAUCCCACUUUAAAAUUGAAGAAGGUGGUUCAAGAUAUUCUUUCAUGCUUUGUACCCAAGGAUUCCAGUGAAAAAUACCCUAAACAUAUUUCCGAUACUGUGAGUUACUUGAUUGGGUGUGUCACCAAGCAAAGAAAGACCACCAAUCCCACCACAACCAAUAACCAGCCGAAACUAAUAUUGGUGAUCCACAAUGUGGAUGGUGAACGACUUCGAGACGACAAAUCCCAGGACUUACUAUCACAAGUAUGUGCAAUACCCGAAAUAUGGACCAUUACAUCUACAGACAAUAUCAAUGUGUCUGUGUUAUGGGAUCUUUAUAAGACCAAGAAUUUUAAUUUCAUUUGGCAUGACUUGACGACAUUUGAACCUUACAUCAACGAGAUGUCGUUUAAAGAUGUGUUGAGCAUGGGUAGAUCUAAGAAGUUUGUGGGUAACAAGGGUGCCAAAUUUGUGUUGAGUUCUUUGACUGAUAACCAGAGAGAUGUGUAUCGUAUUAUGCUUCGACAUCAAAUUGAAAAGAUCUUGGUGGGGACCAAUAAGCAAGCACGGAACGGUUUAAGAGGAAGUAUCAAGUUUGGAAUUCCUUUCAAAGUGUUGUACGAUUCGUGUGUUGAAGACUUUGUUGUAUCGAAUGAAGUCAAUCUUCGGUCCAUGGUUGGUGAAUUUGUUGAACAUAAAAUGGCUAAACUUACUAAAGAUGAAACAGGAACAGAGAUUGUAUUUAUACCAUUUAAUUUCGAUGAGAUGGAAAGAGUUUUACAAGCUGAGUUCAACGAAUCAAUAGGUAAAGAAGAUUUAUAG